AUGUCUGCCCUUCGUCACCGCGUCGCCAACAUCAUUCGCGAUUCACCUUCAGCCUCCCCCGAGCCCAGUCGCGAUGGUACGCCAGAUCCCAACGAAGAGGUAAAAUUGGUCUCCAGCAAGAAGCUGGAAAAGCUCAAAACAAGGAGACACAGCAAGAGGAGGUCCGGCAUCACAUUUGGUCUAGGUGGUCUGCUGGGCCUGUUGUUGGCCUUACUGUUUGCUCAGUCACAGGAUGUUAUCAAACUAGAAGGAUUGCUGGAAGUCAAUCUAGACAGUCUGCUGGACGUGAUCCCUGCAGGCAUAGUCAAUGAUGUGAAGGAUCUCUCGAGAGCAGAACGAGACGUCGUCAAUUAUGACUCGUUCUCAGUCGGUCUCCAUUUACUGUCUCAAGGGGUGACAGCCCAUCAUCCAGUCAUUAUGGUGCCGGGAGUGAUAUCGACCGGGCUGGAAUCUUGGUCGACGAGUGAGAAGUCCAGACAGUACUUUCGCAAGCGGCUGUGGGGAUCGUGGUCAAUGAUGAGAGCUCUGGUGAUGGAUCAAGCGGCCUGGAAGAGGCAUAUCAUGCUUGACAAAGAGACAGGCCUUGACCCUCCGGACAUCAAGCUCCGCGCAGCUCAGGGGUUCGAUGCCACCGAUUUCUUCAUCACCGGGUAUUGGAUUUGGAACAAAAUUCUAGAAAAUCUCGCCACCAUCGGCUAUGAUCCGAGCAAUGCAUUCACGGCCUCUUAUGACUGGCGCCUAUCCUAUGCCAACCUAGAGCACAGAGAUCAAUACUUCACGCGACUGAAGAACUAUAUCGAGAUUGCGCAAAUGACAUCUGGAAGGAAGGUUGUCCUUGUCUCCCACUCUAUGGGCAGUCAAGUUCUUUUCUACUUUAUGAAGUGGGUGGAACAUAAGGAUCAUGGCAAAGGAGGCCCUCAGUGGGUGAACAAGCAUAUUGACUCAUGGAUCAAUAUCUCGGGCUGUAUGCUUGGAACAGCCAAGGAUAUUCCAGCCCUGCUCUCUGGCGAGAUGAAAGACACCGCCCAACUCAAUGCAUUUGCAGUCUACGGCCUAGAAAAGUUCUUAUCCAAGGAAGAUCGCGCAGAAAUAUUCCGCGCCAUGCCCGGUAUCUCGUCGAUGCUGCCCAAGGGCGGUGAGGCAGUAUGGGGCAAUGCGACAUGGGCCCCAGACGAUUUAACGCCACCAAUCCAGAACAAAACGCACGGAACAUUCAUUUCCUUCAAGCCGCGAGGCAAUGUCACAGAAGCUACCCGCCAGAACCUCACAAUGGCACAAGCUUUUGACUACCUCCUGGAGAUCGCGGAGCCAUGGUAUGCCGAGCAAGUCAAGCACUCAUACUCUCACGGCGUCGCCCAUACAAAGGCCGAGCUCGAACGGAAUGAAAACAACCCUCUCACCUGGAUGAAUCCGCUGGAGUCGCGGCUCCCACACGCGCCUGAUAUGAAAAUAUAUUGCUUUUACGGCAUUGGCAAACCCACCGAGCGCUCAUACUUCUACAAGGAAAAUGGCCAGCCACUCAAUGGGUAUAUAAAUAUCUCAAUUGAUACCAGCGUUACAUCUCCCAAUGGCCGUCUCCAACAAGUUGGUAGUGUUGACCACGGAGUCGUCUUCGGCGAAGGCGACGGCACAGUCAACCUCCUCUCCACGGGAUACAUGUGCGCAAAGGGGUGGCGGGAAAUCAAACGAUACAAUCCUUCAAACAUCAAAAUCACAACCUUUGAGAUGCCCCACGAGCCGGAUCGAUUCAGUCCUCGCGGCGGCCCUAAUACAGGUGACCACGUCGACAUAUUGGGAAGGAGUAGUUUGAAUGAUUUGAUUCUAAGAGUUGCGGGGGGAAAGGGCGACCAGAUUGAGGAGAAUUAUGAGAGCAGGAUCUGGGAGAUCAGUGAAAAGGUGAAGAUCUAUAACGAGGAAUGA